AUCAGUCACAGAAACAAACCAAAAACACACACACAUUUUACUCAUAACACAAUAAAGAGAGAGAUGGCAACGUCGGGAACAUAUGUGACUGAGGUUCCGUUGAAAGGAUCGGCGGAGAAACACUACAAGCGAUGGAGAAAUGAGAACCACGUCUUUCCCGACGCCAUUGGCCACCACAUCCAAGGUGUCACCAUCCACGACGGUGAAUGGGACUCUCAUGGAGCCAUCAAGAUUUGGAACUACACAUGCGAUGGGAAACCGGAGGUGUUUAAGGAGAGGAGAGAAAUAGAUGAUGAGAAUAAUUCAGUCAUUUUUAGAGGUCUUGAAGGUCAUGUGAUGGAGACUCUUAAGGUGUAUGACGUCAUCCUUCAGUUCAUUCAAAAGUCGCCUAAUGAUAUCAUCUGCAAGAUCACUAUGAUCUGGGAGAAGCGAACCGAUGACUCUCCUGAGCCCAUCAACUACAUGAAAUUUGUCAAAAGCAUGGUUGCUGAUAUGGACAACCAUGUCGUCAAAGCUUAAAUAAAUCCCAGCCACCCCUAUCUUUCGAACCAUCAUCGCCAUAUAUGGCUCCCUUCGUGUUUGUGUAUGUGUCGUUUAUCUGUCGAAAUCAAUGUAAUAAAUAAGGAGACUCAUGUAUGGUAUCAUAAACUACUGUCUACUGUUUGUAAUAUGCUUUCAAUUUGUGAACUAUGGUUAUUAAGGGCAAGGUCGCAUGUAUGUCCACUUAUAUGUCUAUUUAGUCCUCAUCGAUGCAUGUAGAAAGAACCAAACAAGUAUAUAUUAUAUGUUGUUUGCGUAUAUACUAAUUCUUUAGUGCGUUUAGCCAA